AUUAAAAACAAUAAUACAUACUAGCAUGUAGAAGCAAAAGUAUGAAAAAGAAAAAGAAUCUUUGUCCUGUCCCAUGUUAGGGUUCACUUUUGUGGAACCUGAGAAUAGGCCUCUCUCGCAAAUCGCUGCUGCUCGGCAACUACAACUGUUUUGCGUUUCCUACUUCUCUAGUGACGCUCCGGCGAUAACUCCGAUCAGGUUGAAGGGUAUUAUGUUUGCUGGAUACAAACCAUUGCCGGUAUGCGAUUUUUGUAGGUUAUGCAUUAUCGUUUGUUUCUUUGAAGAAAACUUGUUUGGCUGCCCUUUCAUUGUAAGUAGCUAUGCAACCCACUGGAACUAGAGACACCCAACUCCGUGACAGCAAUAACCAGAAAGUCCACCCUCAACCCAUGGAAGAGGCAACAAAUCAGAAUCCAGGGGCAGUGGAAACCCUGAUAUCAAAGAUUUUUACAAAUCUCUCCUCCCUAAAGUCGGCCUACAUCCAGCUCCAAGCUGCACAUACUCCUUAUGACCCUGAUAAAAUCCAAGAGGCUGAUAAACUUGUUAUUUCAGAACUGAAGACUCUCUCUGAACUCAAGCAUUUUUACAGGGAGAACAACCCCAAACCCGCAUGUGUUUCUCCUCAGGACUCUCGCUUAGCUGCAGAGAUCCAAGAACAGCAGAGCCUGUUGAAAACCUAUGAGGUCAUGGUUAAGAAAUUCCAGUCUGAAAUCCAGAAUAAAGAUUCUGAGAUUCUUCAGUUGCAGCAGCAGAUCCAGGAUGCAAACCUGAAGCGGACUAAACUGGAGAAGAAUCUCAAACUAAGGGGUUUGUCUGCCAAAGAAUCAGGAAGCUCAGGUGAACAAAAUGGCUUUUCUCCCGUGGAUUUAAACCCCGAUCUUUUCACAUCAGCUGUAGAAACUGCUUAUAGAGCCAUUCAUGAUUUUUCUAAGCCAUUGAUUAACAUGAUGAAAGCAGCUGGGUGGGACCUCGAUGCAGCAGCAAACUCCAUAGAACCUGAUGUCGUUUAUGCAAAAAGAGCUCACAAAAAAUACGCAUUUGAAUCCCAUAUAUGCCAAAGAAUGUUCAGCGGGUUUCAGCAAGUAAGCUUCUCUGUCAAACAAGAAAAUCCUACAGUCACUAAAGAAAGUUUAUUUCACCAAUAUCUUGCCCUAAGAGAAAUGGAUCCACUGGACGCAGUGGGCCAAAAUCCAGAUUCUGAUUUUGGGAUAUUUUGUCGGAGCAAGUAUCCAGUAGUAGUUCAUCCAAAGAUGGAGGCUUCAUUUUUUGGAAACUUAGAUCAGCGGAACUAUAUCAUGGGGGGUGGACAUCCAAGGACCCCUUUCUACCAGGCUUUUCUGAAACUGGCCAAGUCAAUCUGGCUUCUGCACAGGUUGGCCUACUCUUUUGAUCCUUCAGUUAAGGUCUUUCAGGUCAAGAGGGGAAGCGAAUUCUCAGAGGUCUAUAUGGAAAGUGUGGUGAAAAAUGUGGUUAUGGAUGAAGAUGAUCAAAAGCCUAAGGUCGGGCUAAUGGUUAUGCCUGGAUUUUGGAUUGGGGGCAGUGUGAUCCAGUGCCGAGUUUAUCUAACAGGCGUGAAGGUUGCUGAAUGACUUCUGAUUCUAUAGACUGAACUAUCACCAAAAUGUGUAUGUAUCUAGUGUGUUUAAUCCUUUACGUUGGCUUUGCUAAAAUAUAUUAUUGCAGUUGUUGUUGUA